AUGUCGGCAUUGCGGCAUUCUCUACCGAUCAUCCUCCUGCAGCUGUACAUGCUCUGCGUCCUACCACCGGCGGCGGCUAAGGUCACUGCGCUGAUCGUGUUCGGCGACUCAACGGUCGACACGGGCAACAACAACUACAUCUCCACGCUCGUCAAGAGCGACUUCGCGCCCUAUGGCCGCGACCUCCGGCCGCCGGGAAGCGGCAGUGGUGGCCAGCCCACCGGCCGGUUCUCCAACGGCCGCCUCGCCGUCGACUUCAUCUCCGAGGCUUUUGGCCUCCCCCCACUCGUGCCGGCGUACCUGGACCCCAACGUCAACAUGAACAGCCUUGCCACCGGCGCCUGCUUCGCUUCUGCAGGAGCCGGCUACGACAACGCCACGUCUGAUCUUUUUUCCGUUCUGCCGCUGUGGAAAGAGCUGGACUACUUCAAAGAGUACGCGGCGAAGCUGAGGAGCUUCCAGGGCGAGGACCGGGUUCAGGAGACGCUGUCGGAGGCGCUCUACGUCGUGAGCAUGGGCACCAACGACUUCCUGGAGAACUACUACGCCGUGCGGAGCGGCCACGCGGCAGAGUACGCGGAGUCGGCGUCGGGCUACGCGGGAUACCUCCUGGGCGUGGCGGAGUCGUUCGCGAGCGCGCUGCACGCGCUGGGCGCGCGCAAGCUGGACCUCAACGGGCUCCCGCCCAUGGGGUGCCUCCCGCUGGAGCGCCACGCGGCCACGGGCGCGUGCACCGAGGAGUACAACGCCGUGGCGCGGGCCUUCAACGCGGGCCUCCGCGACCUGGUGGCGCGCCUGGACGACAGCGACGAAGGCCUCGGCGGCGGCGCCAGGGUUGUCUACGGCGAUGUGUACGGCCCCGUGGCGGACGUGCUCGCCGACCCGGCGGCGUACGGGUUCGAGGACGUCGCGGCCGGGUGCUGCGGCAUCACCGGGCGGUUGGAGAUGGGGUACAUGUGCAACGAGGCCAGCCCGCUGACGUGCGCGGACGCCGGCAAGUACGCGUUCUGGGACGCCAUCCACCCCACGGAGCACCUCCACCGCUUCCUCGCCGACCGCAAGAUGAACACCACGCUGUACGUGUUCCAGUAA